AUGAUAGCAGUCACAAAGAUCAAAGAGAGGAGAGAAAACAGCAACUUUGGAGCAGAAAAUGAGAAAUCGGAGUGCAGAAUCAGAAAGAGCUCACCAAAAAGUCUUAAGGAGUGUCUCACUUGUCUGCCACGUCAGCGCCACGUCAGAAGCCACGUCAGCGAGACAAGGACACGAAGGAGCUGUAUGCGACACGUGGCAGCGGGAGGAACAUCCGAUCAGUGCCGAGAUCUAACGGCUGCUGAAGCUUCUAAAAGGAGAAACAAAGGAGGUGGACAGCGAACUUCUGGCGGCACAGUUAGAUGCUCCCACACUGAUGGAAAUGGAAGUGUUGCAAAGAGGACAACACUUCAUGAUCUCUAUGAGAAAGAAGGCCAGAGUCCAUGGUAUGAUAAUCUCUACUGUCCUGUUACCGAUCUGCUUCCUCUUAUAGCCAGUGGUGUCAGAGGCGUAACUAGCAAUCCUGCGAUCUUUCAGAAAGCUAUAUCCUCCUCAAACGCUUACAAUGAUCAGUUCAGGGAACUCGUGCAAGCAGGGAAGGACAUUGAAAGUGCGUAUUGGGAACUUGUGGUGAAGAACAUUCAAGAUGCUUGCAAACUAUUUGAAUCGAUUUAUGACCAAAUAGAUGGCGGUGAUGGCUAUGUCUCUGUUGAAGUAUCUCCUAAGCUUGCAGAUGAUACUAAGGGAACCAUACAGGCUGCAAAAUGGCUUCAUAAAGUGGUUAAUCGCCCCAACGUGUAUAUAAAAAUUCCUGCCACAGCUCCUUGUAUCCCUUCAAUCAAGGAAGUCAUUGCAAAUGGGAUAAGUGUGAAUGUGACUCUGAUAUUCUCGCUUGCAAGAUAUGAAGCUGUGAUUACUGCUUCCAAUCCUUUAAUAUAUUAG